GGAAGGCUGUAACAGUUGAUUGAAAGAAAUAUACUGGGUACUGCAGCAGUCUGUUGCUGGUAUAAAAUGAAGCAGACUUCGCUUUGUAUCUUAAGAAGUUCUUUGAGCUUUUCUGCAACAAUUGUUUAACACUGUCUGCAGUGGUUCUGAGUAGGGCUGUGCAAAGCUUCAGGAGCCGAUUCGAUGUGGAGGAGAUUUGGCCCAACUUGGCGGCUGAAUCUCUGAAUCUGAAUUGAAUCAGGAGACCAAUUAAAAGCUCCAAAUGGAAUCAGAAGCCUCCAAAUCAAUUUGGUGCUGAUUUGGAGAUUCAGCCAUAGACUAAACAGGCAGCAGUCCUUGAGGACGCUGGACACAGCUGCCUCCAGCUGGCAAGCAUAUUUUGAGGCCAGAAUGGACAGCAUAAUUGAUUCCUGCCAGAGGCCAUGGUACAUGUGACAGCGUUGCAGCUAUGAGUGGAAUUUUAAAGAGGAAGUUUGAAGAAGUUGAUGGCUCCUCACCCUGCUCCUCUGUGCGGGAAUCAGAUGAUGAAGUUUCUAGCAGUGAAAGUGCUGACAGCGGUGAUAGUGUCAAUCCAUCUACUUCUAAUCAUUUUACCCCUUCAUCCAUCCUGAAAAGGGAAAAACGGAAGAGGACGAAGAAUGUUCAUUUUAACUGUGUUACCGUGUACUAUUUUACAAGACGGCAAGGUUUCACCAGUGUUCCCAGUCAAGGAGGAAGCACAUUGGGCAUGUCUACUCGCCACAACAGUGUGCGUCAGUACACACUUGGAGAGUUUGCCAUGGAACAAGAAAGGCUCCAUCGAGAGAUGUUAAGAGAACAUCUAAGGGAGGAAAAACUUAACUCAUUAAAAUUGAAGAUGACAAAGAAUGGCACAGUGGAAUCUGAAGAAGCUAAUACCCUGACGCUGGAUGACAUUUCUGAUGAUGAUAUUGAUUUAGACAACACUGAGGUAGAUGAGUACUUCUUCCUACAGCCUUUACCAACAAAGAAGCGAAGGGCCCUGCUGCGAGCCUCUGGAGUGAAAAAGAUUGAUGUGGAAGAAAAACAUGAGCUGCGGGCCAUCCGCCUAUCCAGAGAGGAUUGUGGCUGUGACUGCCGAGUAUUCUGUGAUCCAGAAACUUGUACUUGCAGCCUCGCAGGCAUCAAAUGCCAGGUGGAUCGUAUGUCUUUUCCAUGUGGUUGCACUAAAGAAGGGUGUAGCAAUACAGCAGGUAGAAUUGAAUUUAACCCCAUCCGUGUACGGACUCAUUUUCUGCACACAAUAAUGAAACUUGAAUUGGAGAAAAAUAGAGAGCAGCAAGUUCCUGCACUAAAUGGUUGCCACAGUGAGAUAAGUGCUCACACUAGUUCUAUGAGCCAAGCACCCCAUCCAGUAGAGUAUUCAAUUGCAGAGAAUUUUGAGAUUGAAACUGAACCUCAGGCUGCAGUGAUGCACCUGCAGUCAGCUGAGGCCUUGGAUUGUCCAGGGGAAGAGGAGGAGGAAGAGGAUGGAAGCAGCUUUUGUAGCGGAGUUACAGAUUCUAGCACACAAAGUUUAGCACCCAGUGAAUCGGAUGACGAUGACGACGAAGAGGAGGAGGAAGAUGAAGAUGAUGAUGAUGAAGAAGAAAAAGUGGAUGAUUUUGUAGAAGGCAUGGGCUCCCAUGCUGGCGUGGUACCGCUUCCUUCUGUCCUUUGCUAUUCUGAUGGCACUGGAGUGCACGAAAACCACUCUAAAAAUGCCUCAUAUUAUACUAACUCUUCAACUCUGUAUUACCAAAUAGAGAACCAUGCCCCUGGCACUGCUAACCAGAUCAGUGAGACCUACUCAGAAAGGGACACUGUUAAAAAUGGUAGUCUUUCUCUGGUGCCUUACAAUAUGACUUCAGAGCAGUUUGUUGACUAUACACGGCAAUCAGAGGAAAGUUACAGCAGCCCUCAUUACCCUUCUGCAAACCCCUCUGUGAUAGUUUGCUGCUCUUCUUCGGAAGCUGAUAACAGUAUUCCAUGUAAUAGUUUGUACGCUGAACACAGGCCAAACCACCCUCAAGUGGAAUUUCACUCAUACUUGAAAAGUCCCUCUCAAGAUGGAUUUGUUUCAGCCCUGAAUGGCGACAGUCAUGUACCAGAGCAUCCUGCUGAGAAUUCUAUAAACCUUUCAGAAAAGAGCAGAUUGCAUGAAGAGUGCAUCAAAUCACCUGUUGUGGAAACAGUACCUGUUUAACAUGAAGUUAUUCUAGGACUGCAUUCCUUUAUUUAAAUGCACUCUGAUUACAUUGGAUUUCCUAGCACCGUAAGUUUUUUAAGCUGUGGACAAUGAAAACUUGGACUAUGGGUAAUAUUCCAGACACCUUUUGUUUUUUUUCUUUCAGGCUACAUGGCUGCGGCAUUGCACAACAGCAGUUCAUGUAAAGUUUCAAAAAGAUGGGGGGGAAAAACUGUCUUUUGAUAGAAAAUGCAUAAAUUAAAAAUAUAUACAUAUUUCAAAGUAGCCUACCUGUCAAACUGUGUGAAACCUGCCAAGCUAUCUGAAUCAAAGCUUCAUGUUUUUGAUUGUCGGGCCUGUGCAAGAUUGUUAAAAAUGAUACUUUGAAAUAAUCAUAUUUAGAGUCCUAAAUUUUCAACAUAUCUGACAAAGAUGGUGACUUUUUAAUGUAGAAGUAAUUACUGUAUGGAAAAGUUUUAAUUGUUCUGUACUGUAUGUAUUUUAUUUAUGAUAGUUUAGUAUUCAUGUUUUUGAUAAAAAUGAACAGCAUGUUCAUUUGACCUGAAGAUCCAUAGCUAGUAAUACAGAGCAUGCCCACUUAAAUUUCAUCUGGAGUACCAUAUACAUUUUUUAUGACCACUCCAUGCAACUACUUUUAAAAUUUAAUCUUGAAGGUACAUGGGGCCUCUUUUUACUAUUUUUGACAAACAGAAGUGUCAGUAAGGUGGCAUUUACAUUUUCUAUAAAGGUGAAAGGUAGGACAAUCCUCUGUUAAAGCUGGAAUCAAUGGCAUCCCACAGCUAAUUCCCCAUAGAGAAAAUUGAUGCUGUGUAUAAGGACAAAGCAGCAGUUUAAAGUCACCCAGCACCUUUUAUCCCUACAAAUAUUCAGCUUGCUAAUGCACUUUAGUGCCAUUUUGCAGUACCUUAUUAAUUGUGGAAACUGGGAACCAUUUUGGAGAAAUACCAUGGCUGCAGAUUUUAAGAUCUCUGUAAUAUACAGGCGUCUUAAAACUCGUUGUAAUGAAUAUGAUACAAGUUUUCCCAAGCCAGUUUAUGAAUGCCUCAAUAAGUAAUUAGUAAAGGCAAAGAGCCUAGCUGCUUAGAGAGUAAACAAAGCAUGGAAAAGUGUGCGCGCAUGUGUGUGUGUGUGUGUGUGUGUGUGUGUGUGUGUGUGUGUGUGUGUGUGGAGUGGAAAAGCCCUAGAUUUUUCUACCUUUUUAGCUAUUGUUAUAAAAGAAGAGCCUUAUCAGAAGUCCUUCUAUGGACUUUUGAUCAGAUCCUACAUGUAUAGAAUCACUUAUGACUAUUAAUAGACUAAAUUUGGUACUAGAAGCUGCAUAUUCAGUUAAGACCCUGGGUUCAGAAGUUUUAUACGUGUGAAAACUGAGGCAAAUGCUCAUGCAUAUCCAUUAGCAUGUUUUCAUUUCUUUUUCAAAGGGGAAUGAGAAUUAUGAUGUAUGCUUUAUACCAUCCAUUAAAUUAUCAUCAAAAGUUGUUUUUUUCUAAAGAACUACUAGAAGCCCAUUUUUGGUACAUUCAUGUAGCUAUAGCUAACUGCAUUGCCUUAUAUAAAAUGCAGCACAACACUUCAACAUCUUGUUUUGAUAUUGAAGUAUCUUUUGUUAUAUGUCCAUUAGUCUAACAUGUAGACCUACAUGGCUGGCUAGUCAAAUUACAACACCUGCUUAAUUUUUACCAACGUUAAAAUGAAUUUUUGAGAGAGAUACAUAUAAGCAUAUUAUACAUUUCAACUCUGUUUCACUGACUGUUCAGGUGAGUAGCUCUUUAUAAAAGCAUGUAGAGUACUCCAGUAGAAAGAUUACCAUGUUUAAAAGAGGCUCUUUGAAAAAAGAAGUCAUGAUUUACUGUUGCCUUUAUGCUGCUUGUAUACAACCAUUGUCAAUUAAUUUUUUACACUAAAUUGACAAAAGCUAUUGAUGUAUUCCCUAUGAGAGAGCAUUUUUGUUGUUGUUGAUUUGUUCCCAUGUUAAAUUAUGAAUGCUUUUAUUGGGAUUUCUUUGAGAUAAAUCCUGUUUCUCUAAGAAAUACAUACAUUAUAUUUAUGGCAUUCCUAUAUCCUGGGAAAGGACAGCCCACUUUAACUUAUCAUCUAAAGCAGCCAUUCUGCCAUUUUAGAGUUCUGUUCUCUAAUUUUUAGUAGCAACCAAUUUCCUUUCUCCAAAGGAUGUGCAGUCAGGUGUUCUCAGCAUUUAUGCAGCAAAUGGUCAUCUUUAUUUUUAAAGAGAAACCAAUUAAAUAUGUUUGCUAAAACAAAAUACGCAGGCAUACAGAAAAUAUACCUCUGUCCAGAGCUCUCAUGAUUUUAUGGGGCACACACAACUCACUGAGUAUGUGUACAGACAUCAUGAGUUAACAGCAGACAGAAAUCCUGGCUCUCCCAACACCAGCACCAGAAGCACAAGCCUCUACUGCUUGAGCUCCAGGAGUAGCUGUAAGGCAGUAGCAGGUUUUUAACCUCAAUGUGGGUUGGCCACUAGAGGGAGGUAGACUCAUGCACACUUAGCCAGCAGAUUGCACUCAGGUGAAAAUUAGAUGAGAAUUUUGCUGUGUUAGUUGUUCUGUUACUGAGCAAUAAAAACCUCUUGUCAUGACCUCUGCAUUUCCAGAUGAAAAAUACUGUCAGUAGUGUUAGCAAGUAAAGCACUAAGAUCAAUAGUUAAAAUAUAGCUCAGCUCUAAAAUACUGAAAUGAGAGUUAUUAUUUAGUAGUUAUACUUCAGUAAGUUUCCGAGACCUUUGUGCUAGAUGCUGUAUAAAAGUAGCUGCUUAUUUUCUUAUCUGGGAGUGCUCAACUUUUGGCCUGUGGUCCAGAUCCAACCUCUGGCACCAUGUCACCCAUCCUGUGGGGCUCCCCAUGGAUCUGUGGGGACCCUCACAGGGCUGCAGCCCUGCUUGCUAGAUCAGGCAAAGAGGGCAGCACUGGGCCUGAUCACAGUGAAUGGGGGCCGAGUGAAGGCAGUGCAGGGCCCCCAGAGCCGGAUCCCAGCCGGAUGGAAGUGAUAUGGGACCCUCAGAGAUGUGUCCCAGCUGGGAGGAGGUAGCACAGGGUCCCAAAGCCUGAACCCAGCACACAGGGGCAGUGCGGGGACAAUCUCAGUAUGUAUGGGAGGCACAGGUCCCAGUCCAGCCCAUCUGGCCCAUCCCGUUCAUCUGGCCUGGAAAGCCAAAACCACAAGCAUCACUGUUCUUAUGUUUCCUCCUGCUGCUAUACUAGAAGUAAACACAUUUCCUUCCCUCAGAAGCAUACUGCCUAAGAUGAUAAGCAACCUAAAAAGAAGAGGGAAAGAAGAAAGCACUUCUGUACAAUGUUUGCUAUAGUAUUUUCUCCAGUUGAAGGUAGAGCCAGUUACUCGGAGUCAGUGUCUGGUAUAAAGAUAGUGAGGGUGUUUUAAUUUCCUCUGAAUAUACCUGACCAGGCUGUAUAGCAACACAGUCCUAUUUUUGGUCAUUCUUUCUCAAAUCUAUUGUUUCUUGGCCUAGAUGUGAUCUCAGGUUUCACUAUCAUGUUCAUUCCUCAGAUUUGCAUGUUUCUUGCUCAAAGCAUAGCAUAAGGUCAAAGCCUUGCCUACACCUGGAAAGAUUCUAUGGUCUAACUUAUAGUACACAGGUAGGGAUUUUUGUGGGUGAUACAUCUUUUAGUGAACCAACUGCAUGGUUGAGAUAGAUGUAGACAGGUUUGGAUUACAAUCCAUGCUUCUUGGAAAGCUCAUCUAUAUCUAUCCCAACCAUGCAGUUGGUCCAAUAAAAGAUGUCACUGAUGAAAAUCCGUGCCUCUCACAUACUUCCUGAACCAUCAUGGGCCCAACAUCACUUCAACACUAUAAUACAGGUAGAAAAAGACCAACAACCCCCAUAAUGGAGUCAGAGUUGUUACUGGCAAAAGAACUACUUUCUCAAAAUAGCUUUAAUUGCUUCUCUAACAGAAAAAUUAUAACUGUCUGCACUAGGGCUUUGGGGGUAUAGAUGUGUCAGUCAGGGAGGAAAAAAAGCACAGUCCAACCCAACAUAUAUAUAUGCUCAUAUGCUUUGUAGUUUAGAUGAGGCUUUAGAAGUUGGAAGUGUGUAAUGCUAACUUCCAUUUUGUGAUCCUUUCAUGUUUCAUUUGGAAGCAAUGAUGCCACUGGUUUUAGAAAAACUGGCUACUAGUUUGGGAAUCUCUGAGAUUGAAUGCUUUUCCAUCUUCUUGUGGCCCACCUCUUCUAAUGUGUAUGGGGAAAAACAGUAUCCUACUGCUUACGUACCUAAGUGGGUUAUUUCCUGUGCAAAGCUAGCCAGUACUUUAACUUUUGUGAAACUUAUUUCUGUGUGCUAAAAAGGUUAUGUUGUUAAAUAACAAAUAGCAGUGUAUUUCUUCUGUACAGAUGUAGCAUGUCAUAUAUUGAAAAAAAAUUCUUUUAAAGAUCGCUAUCCAGACCUUGUAUGUGCUAAGAAAAACUAUACCAGCUUCACAUCUAGAAGAUACUUGUUGGUGCCUAAUAACAGUCAUUGAUAAAUGAAACAAAACAAAACAAAAAAAACAGAUCAUUUUGAAAGUCAGUUAAUAAGUUGGUAAAAAAUAUUUUUAUUGGAAAUGUGUCCCUAGUAUCCACGUGUUCCAGUAUUUUUCUACAUAUGCAACCCUACACCAUUUUCUUCUACUAGAACACCAUACAGUUUGCGUACUGAAAACAGUGCAUAGAAUUGACUCUACAUUUUUUCCCUAAGGAAAUAAAGUUUGCCUCUCUUGGAAGACAUGUCCUUAAAGCUCACAUAUGAGGCUUUAGCUAAUGUUAGGUGUGCAAAUAGCACUUCUCCAUUAAAAAAUUGUGGUAAUUGCAUAAAGAUAUAGCUCAUGCCCACUAGAACAUUAGAAAAAAGAACUAGCCAACAGAAAAUGCAGCAGUUUGAUCAUUUGUCAUUUGUUUUUCAUAGAGAAUUUCUGAUUGUAUGCUACCCAGAGCAGGACAGUUAAUAAUUUAAAACAUACUUUUGCAAAAGACUGGCUUUUAAAACUAAAUUACUAAUUAUUUGUUAAUUUAUCCCAUCUUGGGGCAACACCAUUUUCUUUCUGCAUUAAUCUUGGUUAAGUAACCCAACUUUUCAUCCGUGAUCAGCUAAAAAAUCAUCUCUGUAGAGACUGUUUGCAUUAUUGCACAGAAAUCUGCUUUUACUGGUAAUGUAUUAUAUUCAGUAUUCCCACUGAUCAAAGUUAUAAUGUCAUUUGAACUAAUUUUACAAUAAUUUAAUAUUUAUGUAUCCAGUAUUUCUAGUUUUGUUACUCACUGGCAUACUACUAGAUUUGGUACUGAAUACUCAAUUGUGACAUGCAUCACCAAAAGGCUUGAAAAAAAACCUCUUUAACAAAACACUCACCACCUACCUAGGAGGAGAAUUUGCUAUAAACCAGAUCCAUUUAGUACAGGUAAAUGUAAGCAAAAUGGAGAAUUUGUUAUGGGUUUUAAUGCUUAAGCGUUUUUCUGUAUUAGGCACUAAUGGCUUAUGCUCUUGACUCAGACUUCGAACACCUGGCUUCUGUCCCUAGCUUUGACAUUGGCUUGCUCUGUGAUUUGGGUCACUUAACCUGUCUAAGCCUCAGUUUCCCUACCUGUAAAAGGGCACAAUUGGUGGUGGUACUAGGGUGGCCACUGACCCAUCCCCAGAAUACAGGGCAUGCUCUUGGUGAAGGGUGGGCCCCCUUGGCCAAUCAGCAGUGAGGUGGUGGGGCCCCUGCCCCUUAGCCAAUCAGCAACAAUGUUAAUUCAUGGGUAGGUCCACCAAGCCCUUUAGCCAACCAUCAGAAAAGAGCAGGGCCAUCACAAAAAGGCCACCUCCCUCCCACCCUGGCUGGGAACCCUGCUCCUCCUAGCUGUGCACUGCCUUAGCUCUAAGCUCAGCUAAUAGAAUUGCAAGGGCAAGUGAUUGACAUGUAUUUCUGCCAAUGAACUGAAAAAGGAUUUAUUUGCAGACCAGUCUUCAUUGAGAAACAGGCAAAGGACAAAGGAUUUAAAAACAGGACGGUCUGGCAUAAGACAGAACCAAUGGCCAUCCUAGGUGGUACUCUGCUAGGUAGUACUAUGUUUCCAGGGGAUUUUUGUUUUGUUUUGUUUUGAUUUUGUUUUUUUUAGGCAUCUCUUCUUUUGCAGAUAAUAAAGUCACUCUCCUGAACUUUUACCACGACUAGAUGGCACAGAGCACACCCCUGUGCUGAAGUCUAGCAGGCAUGUUGCCACUGACAUAGCAUAAGAGCAGGAGUCUCUUGCCGGGAGCUAAGCAAACAUGAGUAAAAGCCUCACGCAAUAAUAAACCCACAGUAAAUUUUGAAACCAGGAACUGAAAAAACUGCUAAAUAUUUAGUAAGUAAAUAUCUGCUUCUCCAUUAGAAGGCAAAUUGAUGGCUUGCCCUACACAGUCUCACAGUGCAGUCAAGGGGCUGCCCUACCCUAUCGCAUGGCUUCCUCAUUUGCCAAUAUAUGUGCAGAAGGGAGAGCAGGCACCACUAAGCCACUGCUUCCUUCUUCCAAGGUAGGCGUGAGACAUUGUGGGGGUUGGGAAACACCUGCUUGCUGCCUCUCCCCACCAAUACACCAUCUAGCAUAUCUUAGCCAGGCAGACAGGCAAAUCACUUUGUAUGGACCACUUUCUUCCUCUACACCUGAAACAAGGGAGGAACCAGGCCAAAAGUUACAACUGACUCCUGAAGCAAUGCAGCUAUGCAGCGCUCUCAGCCCAGAGCAAGAAGAAAAGAGACAAUCUGGCCCACCACAGUGUUUUAAGAGGAUAUGCUGCAUAAGUGAUGUGGUGGUUUAUUGGGAGUACUCUACAGUGCAAUGACCUGGACUUGAUUCUUGCUCUAAUUGUUUCAGUGCUCAGGGCGGAAGGCUGAGUACUAUGGGGACAAUAAAAUGGAGAAAUCCUCAGGUCUUAGGAAUGUGAAGCUCCCCUGGAGGGGCCAAAGAAUAAAUAGAUCCUGUAGUUUAUUGUGCUUACAGAUCAUUUGAUAUAAAAUAUUAAUAGUAAAAAGGAUAGCAUUAACUCAGAGACACUAUAUUCUAGAGAAUCUAUUUCUAAAAUAUAAAAUCUGAUUACUAUUUUUUUUAAAUUAGUAGUAGAAAACUACCAUUAUUUUCAGAAAAAUAGAACAGAUAAAAGUAAAUAUCCCAGUUCCUCAACAUAUUCCACAGUCAAUAUGAGGAAUUUCAAGAUUUGCACCUGUAAAGAAGUUCCCAGAAUUCAAGAGCAGUGCACUUUGCUCGGUAUUGCUGUUCUCAGUAGUUACUGUCUUGGUACUCACUAAUAAUUCUCUUCUUUCUUCAAGACAUGUGCACUUCAAAGCAAGAAAAUUGUGAUGUGAGAAACAAGUGUUCCUUAACUGUAAGGGAAUUGGAGUCAAUGAAGGUAGUCAUAAGUUCUUUGUGGGUCACCAAGUAUUGUUUUUCCUAGAUUUUUACAGCAUCCUUUAACUUAAUUGCCGUUAAUGCCCAACAAUAUUAGCAUUAGUGUUACUUGGGAAGGAAGAAGGACUAUAAACAACUCUUUCAUGAGAGCUGCCUGAGUUCCCUGCCUUCCAAAUAACCCACGCUGUAACAUUUAUUGCAUAAACCUCCAGACCUGUUGACCAAAUUUAGUGUUCUAAACCCUUGCUUUUGUUAGCUUAUUCUCUGAGAAAAAUUUUCUUUGAAAUGUGGUUUUCCAUUAAGGAUGAGAUGAUAUGCUUGUGAUAGGGCAGUGCUAGUGCCAUGCUUUGUUUUGCUAUGGGAAUACAUUCUCCGGUACUAAGACGUGACUGGGCUAGCAGAACAGGGACUGAAUAACACCCUCUUCACCCCCGUCCUGUCUUUCCCUCCCCUCAAUGCUCCAUUUAAGCCCUACUGGGUGCAUCUACGCAUCCAUUAAUGCGGGGUAACCAAGUACUAAAUCAAUGCACAGUAACUUGCACUACUGCACAGUAGCACCGGCGCAUGGGGUUUUUGGAUGUUAACGGUGCAGUAGCUUAAUAUUACUGCACAAUAGCAUAUUAGCAAGGGUUUUGCCUGGCAUGCUACUGCGCAGGGUUAUUAGGCUACUGCGCACUUAGCGUCUCAUGUUGACGCACCCACUGUAGGGAUAAAAGGAAAUAAAUACUCCUGGUUUGAUAAAGUUGUCACAGAAAAAGAGAAACCGAGGAUGAGAUGGGUGCAAAAACUGAUGGCUACAAACUGAUGUAUAUUCAGUUGCCUAAUCCCCACAUCCAACAAGCAGGCAGGCAAGGGCAGCUGCUGUUUUUCAGGCAGCAGCUUCACUGGCACAGUGUGGCAUCCAAACAGCCUGUCUAUAAGGUUUCUGAUUAUUAGAAAGGGGAUGGUUGUAUUUUUUCUCAAAGUCCUGUGGAGUUCCCUGAGAAAAACUAAGGUAUUUUGGCAGUCGGGAGAGGGACAAAGAGAUGUAUGUCACCUCUUGUGACAUAAAUGUGAGAUAAAUCAAUAGUGGCUGCCCAGUCAGUGACAGGACUAGCUCUUCUACUCCUCAAUAUGCCAUAACCUAAACAUGGGGUAAACAUCCAAAAUAAGAGAAAGCAGGAAAUCAUUCCUGCAGAGAAGUGUAAAAGUGUGUAGGAUUUGUUCAUUUAAAUGGACUAUAAUCUCAGUUUUAUUAUUCCAGAUUGUUGAUGUCGGUAACUGAGAAUCCAGUCUUAUAAAGUAGAGAAGCCUUGGGUUUAAAAGUAGAUGUGUUUUUAUGAAGUGGGAUGACUGAAAAAGGGUAUUGACUCCUAGAACAUGGAGGACCCAGGUGGUGUCUUCCCAGGAGUACAGAGGCACAUCAAGAACCCAUGGUGGCUGUGGAGCAGCUCCAGAGAUGAUGAUAAGGUAAAUUUAUUAGUUCUUUGCUUAAUCAUUUUUCACUUAAGCAUUAGCAAUGACAGAGUCUGUCAGACUCUUCAUAAUGCAGAGUAUUUAACAGAUGCUUUGGCUGUGUCUUGGAGGAAACAGGUCACCAAAAAAGAAAAAGAAAAAAGGUUGCUGUAUGUUUAAUGUGUUCUCAACCUUUCUCUUCUGCCUUCAGCAGCCCAAGAAGGCCUGAACAGUUUUUUGUACUGCCUGAAGGAAUAAUGGAAAAUAAAAUGAUAAAUAUGGUUCCAAUUUUAACCAUGUACCUAGAUAACACAUCUUUACAGUUUCUUCUUUUCUAUUUUUUUCACGGGGAGAGGGAGAUGCUUAUCCUCCCAAUAGCAAAAUUAUAAAUGGUAUAAAUAAAAAAAGAUAUCUAAUGGCCAUAUAAACAGCUAAGGAAAGGCCAACAGCAAGUAUUGUAAGCCUUCUUCUCUGGAAACUAACUCAUAUUAGAAUAUGACAUGGGUUGUGUUAGUUAACAUUAACCAAACUAGGCAAUCAGUGAAGAUAAGAAAAAAUUGCAUUUAACAUCAUGCUAGAAGUCUGUGGUUAAACACUACUGGAACCAGGGUGCCUAUAGCCAGAGAAUACAAUGUUAAACAUACCUUGCCUCUUGGACUGCAGUCAUAUUCAACAGCAUUUUAGCGGACAUAGUUCGUCAGAGUCAUGUUUUAACAUGACAUAAUUUUCAGAUAUUAACAAACCCUAAGAGCUAGGAGGAAAAAGAAUGCCAGGGCACUGACUUAGGUUGAGAUUUUCAAAGUCCAUGCUAGUUGGGCUCCUAAUUCCCUUAGAAUUCUAUGUCUUAAUUUUUUACUGACUUGGAUCUGUUUCAGAUUGUGAAUGAAAGUCGGUUUUUUUCUGGUACGUUUGCGUUUCCUGUGAAAUCACAUCCACCAGGUAGUUUCUGAUAUGCAGGCUGAACAGUUUUCAGCUUCCCAACAGGGUUAUAUUGUUGUGUACACUAGUAGCAGCUUCUCUUAAAAACAGAAGUCAUACUGUUAUGUGAACCUGCGCUGCAGCUAUUUGUAUUUCCAAAAUGUUACGCACAAAACCAUCACCCAGCUAGUUCUGCAAAAGAUAUCUAAUGUCCAUGUAAACAUUGUUUAAUAACUGGGCCCUUCUUUUAAUUGACUGAUUGUAGGCACUUCUAUGGAAAUGUCUGAAGUGUAGUUUGUGAAACAUGUUUUAAAAGUGUUUGAUGUAAAAUAAGCGCUAGACAUUUAACAGUGCAGAAAUAGUCAAAAUCUGUAGAUUACAAAUCUGUUCCUAACAGCCUCAGCCUGUAAUAGUGUCUUAGUAAAGUUGAUCUGCUUUUUUAAUUUAAAUUGCAUUUCUGGUGUAAUAACCUUUUGAAAAUAAAAUUACUACAGAUGUACUGGUUAAUACCUGUUAACAUAGAACAUGGCACUUUGUUAUUUUGAUAUGGUUACACCUAAAACUAAGAGAGUGUAUCAAUUUUGUAUGAAAAGUCAUUCCACAUUUAUUACAAAGACAUUUUUCAUGUUAAAAAUACCUUUGGUUUUUUAACAAAUAUCAACUAUAUAGAAUUUAUAUAGUCUACCUUUGUCACAUUCUUUAAAAGGUUCAACAAAGUAUGUAUAAGAAUAUUAAAGGUGCUUCUGAAAUUCUAUGAAUUCACAAUUGAUGAUGGAAAGACAGUAAGUUAGUGAAGUACAUAGUGUGUUAAAUCAUAGAUUCAAAAGCAUGUGUGAUAAUUGUCUUUCACAUGGAUAUCCAUUCAAAUUUAAAGUAUGGUCUAUCCAAUGGGAAUAGCAUUGUCACAGUAUGCUUACAGUAGUUUGCUUAAAGUCUGUAUAAUUUCUACUAACACUGGCAAUUUUUUUAAAAUAGUUCUAUCGCCAAGUAAUUAACACAUUUUAUCUUCUAUGAUAAGUAACUGGACUUACAUGCUAACGUUAUGGAGGUCUCAGAAGUAAAGCAGCUUUUUUUUAUUGGACUGUUGCUUUCAAACUGUUUGUUUGUAAGAAUGUGAAUGGAAAGAAAGUUCAUCUUAAAAGCUAAUGACAUGAACAUCAUUUUACAUUAGAACAUUGUGAAUUACACAUUUCCUAGAUUUCCUUUGUUUUAUAAGUUGUAACAUCAAAGAUGCCAAAGGGUAAUAUAAGCUACAAUAAUCAACCGAACUUAACCUGGACCUUAUGUUGUAAUAAUUUAUUCAAAUUAACUGUAUUCUUCUGUAUUUAUAUUUUCAGUAUUUAUUAUGAAUGAUAUGGAAAUUGAUGUAUUUAUUGUGGCUUAUUACUGCAGUGUAUAUAUUACAAAAUGAGCAUUUUUAAGUCUUAACAUUAGGGUUUUUUUGGUUUAUUAGUGGCACUUGUAUUCUGCUGUAUUUUUAUUAUAUAUUGUACAAUAUAUAUUGUCCAUUCGUUUGCAAUGAAGUAAAACAGGUUUCUACAUUACAUCAACUAU